GGUGAUUUUUGCCCGCGGUGUCUCACUCGUGUACCGCGUCUUUUUUUCCCGACGAGUAUAACACGCGCGACACGUUUCGAACCGUCCGGCGACGUGAGCACCGCACGCGCGCGCACUCGAGACGCAGCAACUUCGCGUGGUACAUCCGUGAUCGAUCACCUGUUCUAUCCCUACUGAACUAAAUAUGCGGCGUUCGAUUAUCGCAAUGUGCCAAUGAACCAGUCGUUUAUCUGGAUCGAUAACGUCGACAAUAUGCGGAUGACUGAACUCAAGACUGUUGUCAUUGAACUUUGUACACGACGUUGUAUAAUACGAUAAAUCACGAAGAUGUUACGGCGAAACAGGUUGAAGCAUAGGAUAAUAUCCAUCGCCUUCAUAAUUGCUGCGACGAUAUUUUACAAUGAGUAUCUCGUAUACGAAGUGCAGAAAUUCAAAUGGGCGAUGCGUGAGUGCUCAGCAUGUGUCAAGAUCCUCCUCGUCGCGGAUCCUCAAAUACUCGGAGAGAAGAAUGAGAAUUACUUUGGCUCAUGGUUAGCGAGAUGGGACAGUGAUAGGUACUUAGAAAAGACUUUUUCGAGAGCGUUGAAGUAUUCUCAGCCGCACGUUAUCGCCUUCCUCGGUGAUCUCAUGGAUGAAGGUCACAUAGCCAACGCGGAGAGUUUCGAGAGAUACAAAAGGAGAUUAGAUUCGAUAUUUUCCAUGCCGGACGAUAUAAUGAAAAUCUAUUUGCCAGGCGACAACGACAUCGGAGGCGAGGAUGAUCUUGUUUCUCCCAACAUCCACAACAGGUUCAAUUUCGCGUACACUCAGCCAGACACGUUAGUUUACAAGACAGUCACUUUCUUCAAGGUGAACAGAUUGACGCGUACGAUGCCAGAAGCACCGAAGGACGCAUUUCUCAAUGAUUACGCCGAGCGGAACACGACCAAUGUUAUUCUUAGUCAUAUGCCGUUAUUGUUCGUACCCGGCAGCUUUGUGCAAAAUGUGCUCAAAGAGUUAUCGCCGCAAGUGAUCUUCACGGCUCACGAGCACAAGGCAAUGCACGUGAGCUUGGACACGGCGACCGAUCAGUUGAGCGAGAUCGGGAUCCUCCCGCCGCACGAGACACCCCUGUACCAACUGCGGAUGGACGUGGGGGACAUUCACGAAGUACAAAUACCAACAUGCUCUUACAGAAUGGGCACACAGCACAUGGGUUAUGGGCUCGCCUAUAUCGACACUCAGGAGAAAACCUUGGAGUUCACAAUUCUGUGGCUGCCGAGCAGAUUCCCGCAGCUGUGCGCUUACGCGCUGAUCGUCGUGCUGAUCGUCUUACUUGCCGCUUGUACUUUCGUCUCGGGCUGCUGCUCGAAGAGCUACGCGACUUAUAAUCGUAUACCUUCAGUAUAGGAUAGCGUACAAUCAAAAGUACUUACAUUACGCUUAAACGGUGAGUUAACUUGACGUCGCAAAUUAGGUACAAAGAUCCGUCCAGGAGAUGAUGACUCUUCUAGCGUCUCUGUAUCAAGUUCCCGGGGGAGGGGGGGCAGGAAACGGGAAUUAUAAUGGUUGUCCGUUAGUCACACCACGUUAGUCACAUCACAAAUACGGCCACCGCAGGUGCCAGAUUUCGAUAAGACUUAUUAAUUAUAUGGGCAUACCUAAUCUCAGAUUUAAAGAGAGAGAGAGAGAGAGAGAGAAAAGGAAAGGGGGAAUUCUAAUUUGAAAGAAUUUCAAAUUCGUCGAAGCGGUUGGCAAACUUAGAAAAUUUCCGAAAACUUCCUGAAAUUACUUACUUCCGAAUACAUAUUUAUUUGUCUUAAUCUUGAUCGUUGUAUUCACCCUACUGUGACUAAAUUUACAAUGCUAAAGGCUAAGCCUUUAACACGUUAACUGCCACGCACAUUUCGGAGGAAAUCUCCGUCAGGCCACGCGCGCUGCUUAGAAAUGCGCUGGUAUUGUGGUAUAGCAAUGCCAAGCGCAAUAAAGCUUCAAUAAAAUCCAUUAAAAUUUUUUGAUAAGAAAUAUUUAAGUACAUUAAUGAUACGAUCCUGGAAUUACUUAAAAUUUAUUAAAACUGUAAUUUUUUUAGUUUUAUAUCGUAUUUUAUAUCGUCAGUCACCGGUGACUGACACGGCCCGAACGGAAAGUUCGGUGUCAGUCACUGGUGACUGACGUGGCAGUUAACGUGUUAAUACACUUUAUUGGUGAGAGCUGCAGCGUUGGUUUUAGGUACGCGGUACUUGAGUUGAUUGCUGAUUCGAGUUAAUUUUUGACUUAACAGGUUCUUUCACUUUCUAUUUAAUAAUUAUAUUCGUCACAGAUCUGAAGAAGAAUAGAUAGAAUAAGACAAAAAUCGAGUAAAUCUGCGAAAAUAUCUCACAUUAGCAUAUUGGAGUGUCUUGUGUUUUUAUAUAUUUUUAUAUUUUCAAUUUUAUUUUUAUAUACUAAUUUUGUAGUUUAUAAUUUUUAUAUACUUAUUUUUAUAUACUAAUUUUGUAGUUUGUAAUUUUAUUUUUAUAUACUAAUUUGUUUGGCGUAUAUCGAACGGCUAGUCGUUCGAACCUUAGUGCUGGUUAAGAGGUACACUGUGUAUUAUGUACAUAAUGAUAUUUGUUCAGAACUCGAUGUUUCGUUGUGAGAUGUCUAUAUGAAAGCAAUUGCCAAACUUAAAUAUGACUCUCGCGAGCCACCGUUACUCGGUUAAACAAUCUCUCCACAUUGAGUAAUGUAAAGAGAUUAUUAUUACUCGAAUUAUGUGACGAUGGUGACGUCAAUCACAGAAAAUCCGCCGAUUGUACUUGCUUUUAAUUAACGAGAGAUUUAUCGUACGAUGUUAUAAGUAUAGAAACUUAUAAGAAAGGAUUGUUGAGAAAAAGCGAGAGCUUGUUUUAGAUAGGUCAAUUUAUAUUUCUCCGCCGACCUGUGUAUACAUACAUAUUUGC